UGUGCAGGCCGAGCGGCCCAACACCCCCGUUAGCGGAGCAAAAAGCUGAUGACGCAGCCUCUGUAACAACAUCAUUUACAUCGCUGAAGAGACCCAGUCGUGCAUAAUAGCGCUCGUGACAGUUACAUAUACAUAAACAUUUCCUCCUCUUAGGUGCCAGCAAUGACACAACAGGGAUUAAACCUCUGCUCAUUUCAUUUCCCAUUUCCUGCUUCUGUACCUUUGAUCAGAUUGUGGGAAUAAUCCUCCUGAAAGAGGAGAAACACAGCAGGGUAUGAAAAAAGUUAGCAUGAGCAGCAACAAGCAACCAAUCAGGAGUUUGAUUGACAACAUCAAAACAAGAGGACCUGGGUUAGAUUAAUAAAUCAUCUGUCAUAUAUGCAGCACACUGUGCACAUCUUCCUAAAUACACAAAUAAGCUGCACAAUUUAUUCAGACGCAUGAACUCAUUAUACAAGCCCCAUAUAAGCGCAGCAUUUCUGAAAAGGAAUAAUUUAAACUGGGCAUAUAGCGCGGCACUCGUGGCAAAAAGGUGGCUCUUGCCUCUUUUUGAUCCCCUGCCUCCUCUCCACCAGCGUUUUAUGAAUAAAUAUGUGCACGUGCCAUGGGUUUCUGCAGGGUUUAGCUCUUCUAAACACUGUGCAGGCGCAGGGAGGCAGGCGGAGCAGAGCCCUGUGUUAUUCUUUGUGACCACUGUGGGACACAUGACAGCAGCUAAACAUAAUGCACCAGUGUCUGGAGAGAACACAAAGGACGUGCUGCAAUGUCUCACUUGGACUAAAGCGACUGUUGGAGGUGUGUAAUAAAGAAGAAGGUUGGAUGUUGGUGCUAGCUCUGUUAGCUGCCAUCACUGUUAAGCUGUUGCACAAUUACCCCCAGGAAAUGACCCCCCACGGUGAGUGGGGGUUUGACACUAGCUGCCCGCUCGUCCCCUGUUGCUGGGCUGAUCUGCUCCAUGAAGCCCGACAAUAGCUUCAAAACAACUCGUGUUGACAUGACACUUAUCACACGCGAGGCAGAGGCCGAGUUCACACACCUGCCGGCGUUCGGCCAGCUGGUGGGCGGAGCCUGCUGCCACUGCCUCCGCACCUCCUGCGACCUGCUUUUACCUGCACGCUCCAGCCGAAGAGCUGCGCUCCUGUUUCCAGGCGGUGAAGCAGGUGCGGGAAUGACCCUGUUGCGUCCGUGGAUGUGGCGGGCGGGUGAGUGAUGGGGUGCGGGGCCGGCAAGGCGCUGCCUGGGGCGCCCAGGAAGGGUUACGUGAGUGUGGUGCAGUCACUGGUGGCCUUUGGCAAAGCGCACCAUGACGGCGAUCGAGGUCCGAAGAAGUGUGGGGACGCGCAGAGAGACCCGCGGUUUUCCACCGGUGUCAAGAAUCAGCAGCCUCCGUCAAAAACACCCAGAGACGGACGAGCACCGGAAAGAGUGGCCACGUAUAAGGACAAGUUUGACCCCCGUGUCACAGCGAGAUACGACAUCAAAGCCCUGAUCGGCCGCGGCAGCUUCAGCCGCGUGGUGCGCGCGGAGCACAGGGCGACCCGCCAGCCGUUCGCCAUCAAAAUGAUGGAGGUGGAGGCGGCGGAGGGCCGCGAGGUGUGCGCCGCCGAGCUGGCCGUGCUGCAGCGGGUGAGCCACGCCAACGUGAUUCAGCUGGUGGAGGUGCUUCAGGUCCCACAGCGCGUCUACAUGGUGCUGGAGCUGGCCACCGGCGGGGAGCUCCUGGAGCGCGUCAUCAGCAGGGGCCACUUCACAGAGCGGGACGCGACCCAGGCCCUGCGGAUGGCGCUGGCCGGGGUGGGAUACCUGCACAACUUGGGCAUCGCUCACAGGGACUUGAAGCCGGAGAAUCUCCUCUACUACCACCCCGGAGCCGACUCCCGGCUGCUGGUGACAGACUUCGGUCUCGCGACGUCCGUCGCCGACGCGGGCGUCGCAGACGGACCGUGGUCCCUGAGAACCACUUGUGGAACGGCGGAGUACGUGGCCCCCGAGGUGCUGCUGCUGGGGCCCUGCUCCUGUGCCGUGGACAUGUGGGCGCUGGGGGUGAUCGCCUACAUCGUGCUGAGUGGCUCCAUGCCGUUUGAGGACGAGAGUCGCACGCGGCUCUACAGGUCCAUUAUCAGAGGGAGAUACAACUUCCUCAGGGAGCCCUGGUCCUCCGUGUCCAACCUGGCCAAGGACUUCAUCCAGCACCUGCUGGUGUUGGACCCGGCCGCCCGCCUGACAGCCGAACAAGCCAUCCAUCACCCCUGGGUGGUCACCAUGGCAGCCAGCUCCUCCAUGAGGAACCUGCAUCGAUCUAUUUCCCAGAACCUGAGGCAGCGGGCGUCGCGCACUUCCUCCCGGUGCCCGAGCAGCGCGGCGAGCUCCGGCGACGCCGGCAGCGCGCGCCUGGGAAGAAUGAUGCCGCUGCAUUUGGACUGACUCGGCCUCGCAGGGCCGCGCCGCAUCCAGCCUGGAGGGCCCAGGAGCAUCGGUGGCGUCCAACUGAAGCAGCGGAUUGCUGGUUCUCUAAUGGGGAGAUGGAGCAGAGACACAAACUGCAGCUCUGACCUUUCAUGGGCACUUUACCGCCUUGGACAUGUGUCCCGAUAAAAUAAUGUCUCCUCCUUUCUGAGGGCUUCAGUCAGGCUCCUCUAAUAACCCAGUUCCCCUGAAGGCACCGUUCCCUCUUCUAUUAGCUUCUCGUGGUCGGGUUAAGCUGUUAGUGAAUAUCCUUCAGUUCCAAGGCCAGGCUUACUGUAUAUUGAAACAGAGCCGUCCACCUCCACAAGGUCUCUAGCCUCUGGUUAUUAAUGCAGCUCAGACUAAUGGGUUCAAGGUCUCAUGCAGAUGAUUAUGAGUCACCACAUUACCUAUCUGUGAAGAGGCUCCUUCCAAAAGAUAAGAAAUUCAUCAUUUGAGAAAUUGGAGCUAAUGUUAGCAAGGAAGACGCAUGAAAACCUGCACUCAGUUUUAAAGCUGAAUCUAGACUCCACACUACCACGCACCGGGAAGAGUUUUACAUUUGAAGGCGAACAGGAGCAGAUAUACUUUAGUCUCUCUGUGUUUUGUUGUCACCCCUCCUACAUAGCAGCACCCACAGUCCUGUGUAACCACUGAAAGCACAAUCCCGAUAUUUGGUGACAGGCUUCUCUCAACUUAAAGUGAAGCUCUGGGUUUAAAGAGCUUUCUCUUCUCCCCCAGAUAUUAUAUAAGCUGUAAACAACAUAAAUAUGAAAAUAGCCCUUUUCUUGGCAGUCAGAGGUUUUAAAUGGUAAUGCUAAUAGAAAUAUGUCACAUUGAAAUGCAAGUAGGGUGCAAACCAUGAUUACGAGUGAAGUUCAGUCUUCACACCCAGUUUUUAUGGUAGAUGUUUUCCUAAUUUAAUUAUUUAGGGGAAAUGCUUUUAGCUGCAGAUCCGAUGGGUUGAGUCAUAUGCUGAGCUGCAACUACAAGUAAAGAUGAACAGGCUUGAACAAAGGGACUGAGAGGAUGCCAGGAAAUGGAAACACAUCUUAAAAAGUUAUAUAAGAACGCGCCACUGUUCCUUCUGCCCACUGAAUUAACUGCAAUCAAGUAUAAUUGUCCUGUUCUGGGCAUGGAAUGUUAUUUUCAUCUAUCUCUGUGCUAUUUUUCUUAUUCUUAAAUAAAUGUGCUUAGUU